GAAAAUCUUAACAGCCCUGAGAACACAGAACAAGAAUGUUCCGUUCAAAUAAGCCAACAUUUAACUCACAUGAUCCAGUUUGUGUUCAUGGGGACUCUGGACUUGUCCUGACAACAGAUCCAAAGCAUCGUCUCCGGUGGACUGUUGAGUUGCAUGAGCGAUUUGUAGAGGCUGUUACCCAGCUUGGAGGACCAGACAAGGCCACACCAAAGACCAUCUUGAAGAUCAUGGGAGUUAAGGGCCUUACCCUUUACCAUCUUAAGAGCCAUCUUCAGAAAUUCAGGCUUGGGAGACAACCACAAAAAGAUUUCAAUGACCAGUCAGUUGGGGACAGCAGGAAAGUGUAUGAAUACUCAAAAAAUGCUGCUGGUGUAAGAGCUAGCUGUUUCAGCGAUCAGAGUGUGCAACAAACAGGAGAAGUUACACUGCAAAUGGAAGUACGAAGCAGAAUGAAUGAAGAGUUAGAGAAACACCUUCAAAUGAGGAUUGAUGCUCAAGGAAAAUAUAUGCAGAAAAUGCUGGAGAAAGCAGCUGCACAAACAGUUUUGGAAGAAAAUACUAACCCUCAGUACUACAAAUAUUUUGGUAUUCAAAAGUAUGGGAGCAUGACGGGGAUCAUGAAAAAUCUAGAUUUUAGUUCCCAAGUGAAUUUUUCAUCUCUGGGGGAAUUGCACUCUAUACCUCUAUCAGAAACUGCAUAUAUGGAAAAACAACAGUGGAAGAACAUAAAUGUUGAGAACCUUGAGAGUCCCAUGUUUAUUUGGUCUGAUGAUUUACAGCCAGAAGAUAUUGUAAUAGCAACUCCUGAUUUUCAUUCAGAUGGAGAUUCUUUAAAAGAUGACCGACCACCUUUGACUUAGGAAAAGGGGUUGAAGCUUCCCAACAGAACUUUAAGUUUGUACACAGAAAGGGUGUUAGUCUACAACUCUAAAUGUACCGAAGAAGAUUAGGCAAUAAAACAUGUAAAAUGAUGCUUCUCGGCUCAAUUUCACUCUCAUUAAUUAAGCUAACUUGAUCCUAAUUUUGCAAGCUUUCAUUUAGUUCUGGCAU